ACAUACUGUAUAUUUUCUUUUAAAUGUAUCCUGAAAAACAGGGGCAUCUACUUUGUAUGUGACAGACAGUCAACAGACAAGUUCAUCAGUCAUGUUCAACACGAGUGGAUGAGGUUAUGUGGUGGUGUGAAGGAGUCUGAGGUUGACAGAGCAAAGAAUCUUCUUAUGACCAACAUGCUGCUGCAGCUUGAUGGAUCAACACCCAUUUGUGAAGAUAUUGGCAGGCAAUUGCUGUGUUAUGGACGAAGAAUUCCAGUAGAUGAAAUGGAAAUUAGGUUAAAUGCCAUCACUUCUGAGACUCUGAAAAAUGUUUGUACUAAAUAUAUCUACGACAAAUGCCCGGCAGUAGUGGGAAUUGGUCCCGUUGAGGCUCUGACAGAUUACAACAAAUUGCGGGCUGGCAUGUCUUGGUAG